CUAGUACUUCCGGUAUCCGGCAAACGCCCCGAGUCUAUCUAGAGUGUCGUCCAUCUGGAGGCUUUUUUUUACUUAUACCGGUAAACGCCGCGUUUGCGUCAUUGUCAAAAUAUCUUUUAUCGUUAGUUCGAUCGCGUAAACGGUGGUGCCUGUUUCUAGGCGAAUUAUAUACUGAACGAGUAAGAAAAAGGAAAAGAUAGACAAAAAAAAAAGAAAAAAAAGGAAACGUUGCGAAGUAAGCGACAGGGAAGAACAUUUGUUGGAUCUGGUUAAUCGACUUGAGAGUGUAACCAAACGAUUGGAGAGAGUACCAGGAGGAGGAAUAGGAGGAGGAGGAGGACAUUCUCUAACUCAAACUCAAGAAACCGCUGUUCAAACUAAUACACCGUCACCGAAGAAACCGCAACCGGUGGUAUCAACGAGAAAUACAGCUGCAUCGCCAUUAUCAUCACCGGAAAAAGCAUCUUACAAUAUAUUACAACCAAGCAUCAACAACGCUAACAACAACAACAACAAUAAUAGUAAUAAUAAUAGUAACAUCAACAUCAACAAUAUGUCUGUCGCAGGAUACGAAGAUUUGUUGGCAGGAUCGUUGAAAGAAUAUCUUCAACUUAGCCAAAAAAUUGGCGGAGUUGUAGCUACUCAAAGUGAAAUGGUUGAAAAAGCAUUCCAAAUACAACUUGGUUUCAUCCAAUUGGCUGGGAGUCGUUCAGCGCCUACCAAUCAAUCCGAACAAAUAUCAUUGUUGGCACCAACAUCGGCACAGAUUACUCAGAUCCAAGAAUUCAGCGAGAAGAAUAGAAACUCACCGUUUUUCAAUCAUUUAUCUGCCAUAAGUGGAAGUAUUCCAGCAUUGGGAUGGGUUGCUUUCUCACCUACACCAGCUCCUUACGUUAAAGAAAUGAACGAUGCUGGACAGUUUUAUACUAAUCGCGUUUUAAAGGAUUGGAAAGAGAAAGACAAAACGCACGUGGAUUGGUGUAAAGCAUGGGUACAAACAUUGACUGAUCUUCAACAAUACGUUAGACAACAUCAUACAACGGGAUUGGUAUGGGCCAAAUCUGGUGGUUCUGCGCCAAUGGGGGGGAUUCCACCACCACCACCACCUUCUAUGCCUUUACCCGAGGUAUCUGCAUUGAACGUAAGCGACGAUAGAAGUGCUCUAUUCAAAGAAAUUAAUCAAGGGGAAGGUAUCACGAAGAAUUUGAAAAAAGUUACGUCGGACAUGCAGACUCAUAAGAACCCAUCAUUAAGAACUGGUCCAGCUCCAUUCAAAGCUCCUGUUCUUGAUAAUGCAGUACCAGGAAAAACUGUAUUACCAGCUAACGCACCUAUCGAUAAACCACCUGUGUUUACUAAGGAUGGUAAAAAAUGGCUAGUGGAAUAUCACAAAGGUAAUAAAGACCUGCUCAUCGACAACGUUGAGAUGAACAACGUUAUCUACAUGUUCCGUUGCCAGGACAGUACAAUGGUAGUCAAAGGAAAAGUUAAUUCAAUCGUCAUGGAUUCUUGUCGCAAAUCAUCGGUUGUAUUUGAUUCGGUAGUAUCGAGUAUCGAGUUCGUCAACUGCCAAAGUGUACAGAUGCAGGUACUCGGCAAGGUGCCAACUAUUUCAAUUGACAAGACGGACGGUUGUCAAAUGUAUUUGAAUUCUGAAUCAUUGGACGUCGAAUUAAUAACAAGCAAGUCUAGCGAAAUGAACGUCAUGGUGCCGAAAGGGAAUGGAGAUUACACGGAGUAUCCUGUUCCAGAACAAUUUAAGACUACCAUCAGUCCAAAAGGCCUCAGCACAAUUGCAAUCGAUUCGCUUGGUUAAACAAAAAAAAAAACAAAAAAAAAACAAAAAAAAACCCUAAUUAAAUACUACUAAUCGUAGCCUAAAAUAUCUUUCUAACAAGUACGAUUCACAUUAGAGGUAUAUCAUCGUUAAGGAAAUCAUCAAUUUAUUAUUAUUAUUUAUUGUCUUCUCGAAUAAGAUAUGGUCGAAAGUUAUGAUGACGACGCCGACGAUGAUGAUGAUGAUGAUGAUGAUGAUGAUGAUGAUGAUGAUGAUGAUGAUGAUGAUGAUGAUGAUGAUGAUGAUGAUUAGUCGAGUUAAAAAGGAUCGAGAACUCGUAAAAAAAAAAAACAAAACAAAACGCGCGCUACGAAUUGAUUUCAAUCCUAUAUAACAAUUAGGAUUAAUAAUCCUUUCUUCUUCCUUUCUUCGACCCACGUGAGAGAAAGAGAGA